UUUCUUCCCCCUUUUCGUCUCCAUAACCUCGCCUCCCGGAAGCUUGCAACAGGUCAGAGGUGAGCCGCGGGAGGCUGGUGCAGUCCUUGGUGAAUAACUGUCGCGCGUUGGAAGGAACCAGAUUAGGUGAUGGUUUAGGACACCAAGGGGCAGGGCAACAGCUAGCAUUUUAAGCCAAGAUGUCAGGAGUUGGAAAUAAAAGAGCAGCGGGAGACGCCGGCACAUCCAUGCCUCCCGAGAAGAAAGCAGCUGUUGAAGAUUCUGGGACCACAGUGGAAACAAUUAAGCUAGGGGGUGUUUCUUCAACGGAGGAAUUAGACAUCCGAACACUGCAAACCAAAAACCGCAAGCUUGCAGAAAUGCUAGAUCAGCGGCAGGCCAUUGAGGAUGAGCUUCGUGAGCACAUUGAAAAGUUGGAACGGCGACAGGCCACUGAUGAUGCCUCCCUGUUGAUUGUCAACCGGUACUGGAGUCAGUUUGAUGAAAACAUCCGUAUCAUCCUUAAACGUUAUGAUCUGGAGCAGGGUUUGGGAGAUCUGCUCACAGAAAGGAAAGCCCUUGUUGUGCCGGAACCAGAACCCGACUCGGAUAGCAAUCAAGAACGCAAAGAUGACCGAGAGAGAGGGGAGGGGCAAGAGCCAGCUUUCUCUUUCCUUGCUACUUUGGCCAGCAGUUCCAGUGAAGAGAUGGAAUCCCAGCUGCAGGAGCGUGUUGAAUCCUCCCGUCGAGCUGUGUCCCAAAUUGUAACCGUUUAUGAUAAACUGCAAGAAAAAGUGGAGCUUUUAUCCCGGAAACUGAACAGUGGAGAUAAUCUGAUAGUGGAGGAAGCAGUGCAAGAGCUGAAUUCCUUCCUCAUACAAGAGAAUAUGAGGCUACAGGAAUUGACAGACUUACUUCAGGAGAAGCAUCAUACCAUGUCUCAAGAGUUCUCCAAGUUACAGAGUAAGGUGGAGACAGCUGAGUCACGAGUGUCUGUCCUGGAAUCCAUGAUUGAUGAUCUGCAGUGGGAUAUUGACAAAAUUCGCAAAAGGGAACAGCGACUCAACCGACACUUAGCAGAAGUUCUAGAGCGGGUGAAUUCAAAAGGUUACAAGGUGUAUGGUGCAGGGAGCAGUCUCUAUGGUGGCACAAUCACUAUCAAUGCCCGGAAGUUUGAGGAAAUGAAUGCAGAGCUUGAGGAGAACAAAGAGUUGGCUCAGAACCGACACUGUGAACUGGAGAAACUUCGGCAAGACUUUGAGGAGGUUACUACCCAGAAUGAAAAGUUGAAGGUGGAACUUCGGAGUGCAGUGGAGGAAGUGGUUAAGGAAACCCCGGAGUAUCGCUGCAUGCAGUCACAGUUCUCAGUGCUGUACAAUGAGAGUCUGCAGCUGAAAGCACACUUGGAUGAGGCGCGAACCCUGCUGCAUGGCACCAGGGGAACCCACCAGCGCCAAGUUGAGCUCAUUGAGCGAGAUGAAGUUAGUCUUCAUAAGAAACUGAGGACUGAAGUGAUCCAGCUAGAAGAUACUCUGGCCCAGGUCCGCAAGGAGUAUGAAAUGCUAAGGAUAGAAUUUGAGCAGACCCUUGCUGCCAAUGAGCAAGCAGGCCCUAUAAACCGAGAGAUGCGCCAUCUCAUCAGUAGCCUCCAGAAUCACAAUCACCAGCUGAAAGGGGAGGUCCUGCGGUAUAAGCGGAAAUUGAGAGAAGCCCAGUCUGACCUCAACAAGACACGUCUGCGGAGUGGCAGUGCCCUUCUGCAGUCCCAGUCUAGUACUGAGGACCCUAAGGAUGAACCCGCAGAGAUAAAACAGGACUCCGAGGACUUAUCCGUCCAGUCCUCAGCGUCAAAGUCAUCUCAGGAGGAUGUCAAUGAAGUCAAGUCCAGACGAGAUGAAGAAGAGCGAGAACGAGAAAGGAAGGAGAAAGAAAGGGAGCGAGAAAGAGAACGAGAGAAGGAAAGGGAGCGAGAACGAGAGAAGCAGAAACUGAAAGAGACAGAAAAAGAGAGAGAUUCUGUUAAGGAUAAAGAGAAGGGGAAACAUGAUGAUGGAAGGAAAAAAGAAGCAGAAAUUAUUAAACAACUGAAGAUUGAAUUGAAGAAGGCACAAGAGAGCCAAAAGGAGAUGAAACUAUUGCUAGAUAUGUACCGCUCUGCCCCAAAGGAACAGAGGGACAAAGUUCAGUUAAUGGCGGCUGAGAAGAAGUCUAAAGCAGAGUUGGAAGAUCUAAGGCAAAGACUCAAGGAUCUAGAGGAGAAGGAGAAAAAAGAAAACAGGAAGAUGGCUGAUGAGGAGGCCUUACGGAAGAUACGGGCAGUGGAGGAGCAGAUUGAGUACCUGCAGAAGAAGCUGGCCAUGGCCAAGCAGGAGGAAGAAGCUCUCCUCUCUGAGAUGGAUGUCACGGGCCAGGCCUUUGAAGACAUGCAGGAACAAAAUAUCCGCUUGAUGCAGCAGUUGAGGGAGAAGGAUGAUGCGAAUUUUAAGCUCAUGUCAGAGCGUAUCAAGUCUAAUCAGAUCCAUAAGCUGCUGAAAGAAGAGAAGGAGGAGCUGGCAGACCAAGUUUUGACUCUGAAGACUCAGGUCGAUGCCCAGUUACAAGUAGUAAGGAAACUGGAAGAGAAGGAGCACCUAUUGCAGAGCAAUAUUGGCACAGGAGAGAAGGAGCUGGGCCUUAGGACCCAAGCUUUGGAGAUGAACAAGCGCAAGGCAAUGGAGGCAGCUCAGCUUGCAGAUGACCUCAAAGCCCAGCUGGAAUUGGCUCAGAAGAAGCUACAUGAUUUUCAGGAUGAGAUUGUGGAGAACAGUGUCACCAAAGAAAAGGACAUGUUCAAUUUCAAACGAGCCCAAGAAGACAUCUCUAGACUUCGAAGGAAGUUGGAGACCACAAAGAAACCAGAUAAUGUACCCAAAUGUGAUGAGAUUCUGAUGGAGGAGAUUAAGGAUUACAAGGCACGUUUGACCUGUCCAUGCUGCAACAUGCGUAAAAAGGAUGCUGUGCUUACCAAGUGUUUUCACGUUUUUUGUUUUGAAUGUGUGAAGACGCGCUAUGAUACCCGUCAGCGCAAAUGUCCCAAGUGUAAUGCUGCUUUUGGUGCCAAUGAUUUCCACCGCAUCUACAUUGGUUGAUCCAAGCCAAGAGAAGAAGAAGAGCUGGCCAGACAGGCACUUGUUCAUUAGCCACCAAACCUCCACCUCUUCUUUCAAUUCUCUUUCCUUCUCAGGCUUCACAUCCAGGUUCUCCUUUCUAGUAGCAAGUUGAAUUUAGGGAAGAGGGACUGGUAGAUAUAAGUCUGGGAUUUUAGAAUGAAUUAGAAACAAACUCGUAUUUGUCUUUACUACCAGCUUUGUUUAUAUCCUGCUUUGAGACUAAACAUGCUUUUUGUUUGGGUCCAUCAUUUAAUCUUGGGUUGUCCACUCCUGAGAAAACAAGUUGAUAUUUUUGACAUAAGGAACAAAGAGGACAAAUGUGCUAUUAGGGGAAUGGGAAUGACCUUUUGGAAAUAAGCUAUCUGUGGGUGCAAACUUUUCUUGUUUUGGGUAGUAAAAUUUUUCAAAACUUGAAUUAUAAAAUGAUACAGUUUUGCUCCUCUUUCCUGAAUUGUUUGAAGCCUUAAUGAAAUUAUAUCCAGGAUAAUUCAAUCUUAUUUCUCAUAUACUAGCAAAGUAACUUUUAAGGUCAGCUGGCUUUCUGCUAAAGUUAUUUAAAUUUUUAAUCAUUAGCUACUUAAAAGUUUAAAUUUUUGAGGCCGGAAUAAUUUCAAACUAUUACAGCCCCUUUUGUCUUCUGAUGAAAUAAAAAUUGGGAUGAGGAACAGGAUUGAGAUAGUGAAGAGAACUUCUGGGUACUCUGGGAAAUUAAAACAGAAAGGUGUGGGUGAGCUGAGAAUUACUCCUAUCCUCCUUUCUGCAGGGAUGGUUGUGAUCCCUAUUUUCCAGAAGAUUCUCAGUGUUUUUGUAGGACUUUAUACUCCACAAGCUUCAAUUAAAGCAGGAUUUAAUUUUCUUUUGUGUUGGUGAUUUUUAAACAUUUUUUGUUAUUACUAGUUAAUUUUAUACUUUCUGUUCUAGAAAUGAAUUCUCGUAAACAGAAGUGAUCAUCUUGGAUUAAGAGGCUGACUGUGUUUAAAUUAUUUAGUUCUCUGCUUAAAUGAAGUAGUUUCUUCAGCUGUUUGAAUGAGUCUGUCCUGAGGAGAGAGAAUGCCUACAAGAUGAUGGUUUGACUACUGAAUUCUUUUCCAUAGUUAAUCAUGGUGGAGAAGAGUCAGUAGUUUGUUUUUUAGGGAAUAUAUCACUGCCUGGCACUUUUAGGUUGAGGGUUCUUGAAGUACUAGUUUUAUAAUAACCAGUAAGCCAAAAACUUCUCUCUGAUAUUGGAUCACAGAAAGUAGAUCCCUGUUGAUCCCCACCUUUUGUUCUUUUGUACUUGUCAGCUGUAAUCAGUAAGACUUGUGAUGACUUUCAUAAAGUCAUAUGGUGUGGGCUAAGAAAUGAGUCUAAUUGGGACACAAAUACACAAACACACCUCUCCAGUGGGAUGAAGACCCGGCUCCUAGACACGUGGGGCAUUUGCAUUUACUAAUGGGCGACUUUCUCCUUGCUGCUUGCUUUUCUUACAGAGGAACCUUGAGUAUAACUUUGUUGAUUGAGGGACAAAUGGACUACUUGGGCAGCAUAUAGUUUGGGUGUAGAUAUUAAUUUAUGACAAUUAGCUAGAAAGCCAGCUGCCCAGCACCAGGAGAUUGUGGGUUUGUGGAAUGUUGUGAAGGAAAACACAUCCUAGGGGAGGCUAGUUUUCAGGGAAACUCCUCUAGUGGAGAAGUUGAGAUCCAAGUGACAGCAGUCAAAGUAAUUUCAGAUAACGACCAAGAAAGGGUGACUUUCCUUUGGUAAUCUAGUUUCUCGUGACUAUAGAAAUAGUCAGUGAAUGAGCUAUUAUGUAUUACCAAAUUUCAUUUGGGUUGUAUGUAUAUUAGUUUUUACUUUUUCAGAUUCUUAAAGAAAUUUGGAACAUUCACAGUCUCCCAAAAAUUAGAAACCACAGCUAUAGAUACAUCUGAACUUUAAAGAGAUUUCUUCAAGUAAUACCUACAAAUGUCAGUUUCAGUGAUUGUUAUAGAAGUACUAUAGGCUUAUUAAACAUUUCAUAUCUUGUAGGAAUUGUUUCUUUAAAGUUUUUCCUUUUUUUUGUUAUCCUGGAAAUUUCUCAGCAGUUUUGAUGAAAAUCAUGUUUGCUGUAUCUGAAGCAUGCAUCUUAACUACGUGGCCUAGCUCUUUUUACUUACUAUAGGGACUUUUUUCAAAGGUUUUAAGCUGUUUCUGCUAGCUGUUAAAUUCAUGAUGAAUUUUUAUUGGAUUCCUUGUUUUAUUCUUUGUCUAGAUCCACAGGCAUCGUUACUCUUCAAGGGUAAAAGUUCUGUGCUUACAGAAUGAUGUGCAUGCCUCAGGAGCAAUGAAUGUGACUUGAUAUUGUGACAAUGAAAUGAUCAUCUGUCUUUUAGACUUACUGGGAUGGUCUUACAGGACACUAUAUGAUAAUCUCUGUUCCCAGUGUCAUUUGCUAGCAUGGAAUGCCCUUAAAUUUUGUUCCUUAAGGAUUUUUCUGAGGGUAAACUGAAAUUGACAGAUAAACUCAAGUCCCAGUUGAUCUACAGGAACAUUUUGGCUAGUUACUAUGAACGAAGUCUUCCUGAGUGACUUGCAGAGCUAACUUCAGAUGUUUCCACUGAGAGUAAGCAGAACCUUGGUGGCUGGUGUGGAGGUUGGAAUAACACAUAUAUACAGGAAAUACCUGGUAUAGAAAUACUCAAAAAUUCCUAGAUCUUAAGUUUUGGAAACACCUGAUUGUCCCUUCACAAAGAAAUAUUGAGCUUUACCUCUGGGGAUUUCUGACCAAGUUUGGUCUCUUCCUAACCUUAGCAAAUAAGGUCUUAUUGAUAGCAUACUUAAUGAUUACUAAAAUUUUGCUUUUGAAAGAAUGUUUUAAAAAUCUCAUUCCCCAAAUCUAGCAAGGGCAAAUGGUAUUCAAUGAAUAUUCAUAUGAUUUGAGUUCAUUCAACCUCAUUCUGUUGCCACGUCUUCAGGAAUCUCCUUUUUUGGGUCAAUUUGUGAAUGCAAAUCUUACUGCUCAUUUGUUUUUCAUCCCCUAAGUGGAAACGGUCUUUCUUCGUAUGUGGAAGUUAUUUUUCAAAUUUUGAGUUAUCCUAAUAUUUAUGACUGUAUUUUAAAUUUCUUUAUGAUUGCAGGAAAAGGAAUUAUGAAUUCUGAAACUGUCUCCUCUGUAGAGAUAACCCAUAACAGCCAGAUCUCUUAUUGUAAGUUUUUGAACCUUAUUGUAGGGAAUGGAACCCUGAGCCUCACACGUUAAGCAAGUGCUGUACCACUGAGUUUCAUCCCCAGCUUUUUUAAUUUCUUUUUUUAAUUUAAAUAAGGAGAGUUCUUUCAUAUGGAAAGUGCUACUACAAUCACGUAUUUGAAAGGAGAAACAACAGGUACUGAACUGGAGGGAAGGGAGAGUGAGCGUCCAGCACAGCCAGGUGAAUCCAUGAUUCCAUUUCCCAUCUGUGAAGCUGCAAGAGGCCCCCUCCGCCACCUCCAGAUGAAGCGAACUGGAGCAGUCAAGCCUGGGGCAGUCAAAGUGGAGGACAGUAAAGCCUGAUGGUGCCUGGCUACCGCCUUGCCUCACCCUAACAGGGACAGUGCCACCACCCGGCCUGGACGGGACAGCCACACUUGGGAACCACACAGAUCCACUAUGCCUGGCCUGGAAUGAGAGUUCCUUCUCCGCCAUCCCCAGCUUUUAUUUAGGUUUUUUGAGAAGUAAACAAAAUGUGAAGAGUAGUAUGUUCAUAAUAACGAUAUGCUUGGAGGACUCCAAGAUGAUAAAUAUAGAGUAGCAUGGCUUGAAAGGUAGGAUGUGAGAGCUGAAAAGAACCUCAGACCACAUCCUUAUGUUAGAGAUGAGGAAAUAGGCCCCAGGGUUAUUCAGUUAAGGCACAGAAUUAUUGGAGACUUAUACCAAUAGUGUUUGUCAUCAGGAAGAUAAGAAGUAAAUAUAUUUUCUGAGUAAUUUUAAAGUCUUUGUGAAUACUUACAGAAAUAUCUAGUAUUUUUAUCCUGAUAAUUCAGAUGUAAGUAAGCAGACCUUGGGUAAGUACUGCUUUUUGUUGCCAUGUCUAUUAAGAGUUCCAGUAGCACACCUGUGCUUUUAUGAGAUUAAGUAUGUAAGAUAUAUUCAGUACAGUGCCUGGUAUUUAUUAUGUGCUUAACAAUCAAAUUGAGAGGUUAAUUUUUCUUUCUACUUACAUUUUUUUUCUGAUUUCUAGGAAAGUAAGUCUUCUAUCCUCCCUGAAAUCUGGGCCACCUAUUUUUUUGUUUUAGGACACAUAUUUUUAUCUAUGCUUAUUUACUUCUAGUAUGUCUGGCUGGUUAAAUGAUGUCAUGGCUGACUCUUUCCACAACAUCAAAAAGUUAACUGGUUUCUGUUAAUUUAGAAACAGAUGUCAUGUGAAUGACAGCCACAGCUACCUAGUGGUGAGGGUCCUGUUUUUUAGUAUGUCCCUCUUCGGCUUAAAAUUCUUGAACAUAAAGUUCCUGUAGUCUUCCAGGUACAAAUUGGAUUUAGCACAGUUAUCUUCUCCUUUUCUCUUUCCAUUUCUUAAGCUUGUCGUCUACUUUGUGCCUAUGUUUCUGUCACUUUUGAACUGUUUAAGGUUCCCAGUUCUCUGAUUGCCAUGAUUUCCCUACUCUGGAACUUUGCACAUGUUGUUUCUUUCGUUUGAGAGGCCUGUUCCCCUCCACUCAAUCUCCAAGUGCGUUCACACACAAACACAUGCACACGCACGUGCACACACACAGUCUUCUUUGUUCCCACAGUAAUUGAUGUACAUUUAUCUAGUCAGUGAACCUAAAUUGUGUUACCAGUAUGUGUCCCUCCAUUAGAUUGAGCUCCAUGGGACCGUGAGACCAGGAUCUGCUUUUAAUUUAUCUGUCGAGAACAACUAGCCCAAUGCUUGGCUCACAGUAGGCAUCCAAAAACCAGUAGUUGAAUGAUGCAGCUUUGGGUAAGUUGAUAGGUUUAUAUUCUUUAUGAGAUUUGACUUUUCAAAAGAACACAUGUGAAGAAUAAAUCAGGCUAGCAGAUUCCAUGGUAAGUGUGCCAGCAGUGAAAACUGUCUGGACUAUCAGACCUGAAACUGCUGAGUGAUUUGUGCCUGUGUUCCACUUCUUGGUUGGGCUAGAAAGCAGAAUUGAUGCUGAACACUAUUUGUGAGACUUAAGGGGCUAUAGUGAAAAUGAGUGGAUUGAUGCAAGAGCAGUUAUAUCAGCUUGUCUGUUGUGUCUGUCAUAUAGAACUGGGGGCCAGGCUGAGGCAAGGGACUAGGUAGUAAGAGGAAUUAGAGGAGGAGGAGGAGGAGGAGGAGGAGGAGGGAGGCAAUGAUCAGAAUCCUAACAAUACUGUAUAGUCACACUGCGUAUGAAUUUCUUGCAGUGACUGUUACUGGCUGUGACUUCAGGCAGGUUAGGUAAUUUCUCUGACUUGGCGUUUUUCCAUCUGUAAACUAGAGGUCUCAUUUGCCUCUUCUAGAGUAUAUCUGACUUACCUGUCUAAUGAGGCUGAUUUAAAUUUUUAAAUGAGAUCAUAGUUUGUAGUAAGUGCCCAAUAAAUGUUAUCUAUUACUGUUUUGAGAUUGUGAAAAGAUAAGACUGUGAACAGGUCUCAAGGAAACUAUACCUUCCUUGUUCGUUAUUGUUUCUCUAGUAUUUGGCAUGUACACAAACUAACAUGUUUGUUGAAUUACUCAAUGAGGACAUCAAGACAGAGUUUUUAGAGGUCUAUAGAUAUGUUUUUACCUAGAAUAUUCUCAGAUGAAGCACUUCAGUUCUGUUUCAUGAUACUUGGGCUGAGUUUUCUGAGAAUAUCUUGCUCUACUUCUUUAGAUUAUACCAAGGAAACAGAUAAAUGAUAGUAUUAAUGUGUGUCUUGUACAAAGAAGCUGAUAUCUUGGCAGCAUUUGGAUCCCCAAAGAAUGCCAGCAGGACAUCUGUAGGUGAAGUUUCUGUCUGAACAUUUAUUCCACAGUCAUAGAAACUGAAGAUGGAAAAGACCUGAGGACGUUUAGUCCAUCCACACAGUUGUACGAGAAAAGUGGCUGGAGCAAAGCAGCCCAUUUACUUCAUGCUCACAAGACAGCAUUUCAGUUCUUGGAGCGGAGCGAUUGCAAACACACUAAAAUGAAGACACAAUGCAAAUACUCUUCACAAACCUUAAGAAAAUCCUUAUAAAUACAUUAUUUUCAUAAAAUGAUCAGUGACAAAAAGAAGAGUAAGGGAAUUCUGGAGUGGGUGGAUGGAUUAGGUGAGUGAGGAAAGGAGUAACUAAAUAGCAGGUGGUGAAAUAGUUUUAACUAGAAAGCAAUUUCUUCUGAAGACUAGAUUUUCUGGUUGUCAAAAUAUGGAGGAAAAGAGGGUCAAAAGUAGUUCUUUCCCAUUAUUUUCUGUUCCGAGGAAGUGCAUAACUUGCUCCAAGGCUCUAAUGGACCCAGCACUGACAAGUCUAUCACCCAGACGAUAUAGCUCUGUUGUGCCUGGUUCUUGCUCCACUUGCCACUUUUUGGGUUGAGCUGUAUGGGAAGCGACAGCUCCCUGAAGUUUGUGCAACAACAAGAUUCAUGAAUAAUGGAGUCACCUCCAGGCACAUUAAAAACUUUUAACUUAUCACGUCCCUGUGGCUGCCGUACUUGGCCAUCCCAGUCUUCUAACAUUUCUGUUGGAGGAGUCUCCUUCCCCUUUAUCUCUGGCGUGUAUACUUUGGGACCCUUAUUCUUACUUACAUGGACUAACUAGCCCUAUGUGUUCCAGCUUACUCAUUUGUCCUCUGGUGGCGGACAGUUUGUCAUAUUUCAGGUUUCCCGAUACCAGAGUAUAAAAGGGAAUGGAGACCUUCCUGAUCUCAUGAAAUGGGAGCCCACUUGCGGGGUGGGCAAGAGCACCCUUAGCUCUUUGUAAUUUGCCAAAAUACAACCCUCCAGUUUUUUGUUUGUUUGUUUUUUUAACCUGAGGAGGGGAGUUGAGUGAACCAAGGUGGAGCAGAACAGAAAAGGGGUUUUCAGGGACCCACCCUUUCGUGACAUCUUUUUACAAAACACAACACACUGUUUCACAAAUUGUAAAACUGUUCCACAAAUUGUAAAACUGUUCAAUUACUACCAUUGAAAAAAACCAUUGUUACUUAACAUGAAGACUGCUUCAUUUCACCACAAGUGAUUAUGGUUUUUCUUUAUCCAGGACAUGGAAGUAUUUCAAGCAGUGUUGGCAGCAGUAAGGCUGCCUUCAGCCCGUGCUGCUGCUUGGUGCAUCUUGGCCACUGUUUUGGCUGGGUAGUUCCUCAGAAGAUACUUGAGGAGCAUGCACUGGUCUUUGACUCUGGAUAGGCAGGGCAGUCUGGCAUCUGAUUCCCACUGCUCAGAAUGCCUCAGUAGAGAAGCUUAAGGUAAACCCAAUAUACAAAAAUCCACUUACAAAACGGGUACAUUAAGGAAUAAUUACAUUACAAAAGGGAUCUAUACUUUACAAAAAAAUUCACCUCUGGGUUCCCUUAAAUAGCUAGCUUCUCAAGUACAGUCAGAAUAUGAAUUGAGUUAUAAAAAUGUCCAUGUAAUGUAAUAGGAGCAUGGCUAUUGUGGAUUGAGGUACACCUGUACAAAAGCCUUCUGUGCUGUGCUGACACCCAGGGGUGCUCAGAGCAGAGUGGCAGUCUCUAGUUGCAGAUGGGUGGUGUCAGGAUUCAUCUCCCACAGGCAGCUGUAAAUCUACUUUGGGGCCUGGGGUGAGAACAGGCUUUCAAAGUGAUCUGUCCUUUUUUUGUUUUUAGGGUGGGCUCAGCUGUUUUCUGCCAUUGUUGAACUGGUUGAUGGGGAGGUUGUUGAAGCUUAACUUUAGAGCCCGCAUACUUCCCUUAUGAGCAUUUCUGAGCUUACCUUCACUCCUUGGUUUUCUCAGUCAAUUAUUUGCUAGGUUGUUAUCUGAAGCUUAAAGGGUUAUCCUUCCCUGGGUAGCUCUGGGUAGAAAUGCAGACGUAUUCUGAAGUUAAGAAAGAAACUGUGAUUGAGACACCUUUCUAAUGAUCUGCGCGCUGCUUGGCUCAGUACUGUGAACUCACUGCAAAUGUUUUCAAAAUGGGUACAGAAAUGAGUGUUGAGAGGAUAAAGCAAUAAUUAAUAAACAAGGAAAUUUAGUCCUAAUUGGUGUCCUGGAGUUAUGGGGGUUGGUGUUUAGAAAGUGAAUCAGCAUAUGUCUGCUGAAGUUUAAACAAUUUCCUCCUCUCUGUGCUAUGCACAAGCCUCCCCCCCACCCGCUUUCUUCCUCACAUCUUCCUAUGCUUGGGCGCAACCAAACCCAGAGCAGUGUUUCUCCAGUAGUAAUUUUAGGAUGCCCUGUGGUUUUCAUGGCGGUGUUGGUUAAUGGUAGGUUCCGAGACCCUCACCAGCUUCUUGUCCUAUAAUCUCUGUGAAAGGCUCCUGGCAAUCAGAACUCUGAUGAGUCUCCUAAAUAACUUAAAUAUGUUAAUCUUUAGGAGCAGAGGUUCUGAAGUUCCCAAUAUUCUUUCUGCUUACCUAAGCAGUUGUACAUUGGGAAAAGGGUUUCUAGGCAGAAGGGAAGUUACUUACACCAGUCUUCUGUGGGCAUUAGAUGGAUCCUGGAGGAUAACAAGAGAAGCCAAAACCUGUACGUAACUCCUCAGAGAUGAGUGGGUGUGAGGAGAGGAGACUGAGUUUGUGAUUACUAUACAGGUGUGAAAAGCACAGGGCAGACUCCUGAAUGUUGAAACUUGUGAUGUGAGAAGGCUUAAGAUUCACUUUUGGGAUCCUAUGGCUAAUAGAUGACUGCUAAUCAGAAAAUGACCUAGUAUGUGGCAUGCAGAAUACUUAACCCAUAGUGCCAGCUCUCCUACCCUGUUAUAGGUAUUUAACAGGAACGUUCCAGCUUCAUCCUGUGGCCACAACCUCACUUUGCUUUUAAAAAGGCACACACAAUAGUGGGGAUGCUUAGCUAGAUUACAAAUGUAGUCCUAUUAGUUGCUUAGCCAAGUUGCCUUUCUGGCCCAAAAGUUUUCUUCUAAAAGUGUGGGGAUGCAUUUAUAAACUCUCUUCUGCCUGACCUCUGCUCUCAGUCACCACAUCCCUGUCCUCUUUCAUAACAGUGUGUAAACAUGUCCCUACUGUUAGGAUGGGGCCAGAGGUCAUUUUUUUCAGGAACGUCCCUUUUCUCUGAUCCAGUCAAUUCUUGCACACAGUGAUUCUAAGUUCAGUUAAUUUUUAGGUAUCCCCUCUCCCCUAAGUUUCUCUAGCAGUUAGCUGGCUCCCCACUCAGAAUGUAGAACAAAUCUAUCUUGGGGAAUUGUGUGUAAUUAAUAACCCUGGAUAAUCCUAUUCUAUAUUAAGGUUAGGACCAACAACCUAGUAAGACAUAGGUAUAAAUAACAUUUUAUCUCUUGUUGUUAAUAGUGCAGAGAAAGGGCUGGUUAAAAACCAGAAAUAUUACUGUGGCACCUGGUGAAAAAAUUAACAGGACCUGGGGUUGUCUGGUUGUUCACAGAUUCCUUACAUGGAAUUUACUUCUGACCAACUUCAGACUCCUGCUGUGAAAAGAUUCCUACCCUGGAGACGUAGGGGCUGAGCUUGGGAAGAGCUGCUGCUUCGGGGAAGAGGAGGAGAACCUUGAACAGAGGCAAUGGGACAGAUAAUAAGGUGAUGCAGUUACAUGGUUGGG